GUGAGAGCGCAAUGGCUCCGCCUGUGAACAGCCUGGCCUAGGCGAUGUUCCCGGGACGGCCAUGGAACGCAGGCGGAGCGUCGUAUCCCAACUUUUACGGCACAUACCCAGCUGCAACGGCAGCGGCUGCAGUGCCCACUGCACCAACUGCACCAACUGCACCAGCUGCGGCUUAUGGCUACCAAUACGGGCAGGUGCGGGUGCCCGUGGUGCCGCUGCCGCAUUUGCCGGCACCGCUUCUGCACUCAGCACAUCUGCCAGGGCUUUCCGUGCCCGGGCUCAGGCUGCCCAUGCACCCUCACCCGGGGCUUGGGCACGUCCCUGGCUUGGCCCAGCACGCGAUCCCGGCGCAAGCCACGGCGAUCCCGCAGAACAUCCCGCCUCCCAGUGCCAAAGAACGCACCUUCGAGGCCAAAGACGAGUCUGGAAAGUCCUUUGAGGACACCAUCGGCGAGGCCAAGCGACGUGCGGAGGAAGCGCGCAGAAACAUGGAGGAGGAGCAGCGCAAAGCCAAAAGCCGGCGCUUUGACAAUGAGUCGAAAGGUGAGGAGAGGCCGCCCCCCACCGAGGAGGACAAGCUGCAGCUGCAAGCCUUGCUGGCCCGCUUCUCGACUCUGGACACCAAGGCUCUGGCGGCGCUGGAUAGCUUGGACGUGAGGGACGCGGUGAAAGCCCUGCAGGAGCUGGAGCAGAAGGGGCCCGGCAUCCGCAACCCCUCGGCCUGGAUCUGCAAGACGGCGCAGAACGUGCGAGAAAGGCAGGGAGGCAAAGCGCCGCCGCCGCCACAAGAGGAGGAGAAGCACGAGCUGGAUAUCGUGGACCACUACGGGGCGUUGGAGGUGGCAGAGGAUGCAGAUGAAAAAGACAUCAAGAAGGCCUACAGGAAGCUGGUGCUGAAGUGGCAUCCAGACAAGCACCCGGAGGGCCGGGAUCAGGCAGAAGAAAAGAUCCGGGCCAUCAACAACGCUUACGAGACGCUCAGCAACGCCACGAAGCGCAGUACCUACGACGCGCAGCGGCAGGCGCUGCUGCGGCAGAAGCGGGGCCAGGGCCCGGACAUGCAGGCGGCGAACCUGGCGCCGCGGCAGCGCAUCCCCCGCGAGUUCAUGCUGCAGCCCAUCGGGUUCCCAGACAAGUUUGUGCGCUAUGCCUCGGAGCGCGCCAUGUCCCAGUGCGAGGUGAACUCGCGUGCAGACGCACGACUGGAUGGCAAGGGCGGCCUGGACCAGUUUGUACCUUUCUUCCGAGCCGCCAAGCUCUCGCUGUGGUGGCUGCCAGAUGUGAACAACAUGUGCCGGAUCCGCGCUCUGGAAGCGCGGACCCGAUCCAGCGCCGGGGAGAAGGUGGUGGCUGGGCGGCCAGGUGGCUUCAACCUGGGUUUUGAGAUCGAGGUCGGCCGAGAUUCCGACCUGAAGCUCAUGGAGGCUGGGAAAGGAGAGCUGAACGACAACGUAAACUUCAUCGUGGUCUCCAGCCCGCUCUACGACCACGCCUUCCGCUUCGAGGCAGCGACGAAGCGGGGCUACUUCCUGGCCUUUCGGCCGCCCACCUCCCUCAGGAUGAUCCCUUACAAUGGGGGCCCGCUGCCCAACAAGAUGGUGAUCGACUUCACUUUGGUGGACUUCCAGGCAAUGUUCAAGUUCAUUGACAUUGAGGAGGUGCUGCGGCCAGUGAUCGAGGCCAAGGGCGGCUGGGUUCCCUUGGACCAGGUGAAGACCGACGCCAACGUCACCGCAUACUUCGGGAAUAUUCUGCAGAAGCCCAUGUGGGACGAUGACGACUUCCAAAGCUACUUCGAGGGCCACUUCGAGAUGUGGGAGUUCCGCACCGAGGGGCCAGCCGUGAGGCUCCGGGGCGUGGACGAGCGCCUGGGCUAUGCGCUGGAGCGAGUGAAGGAUGCGGACGAGGCAGCGGCCCUGGUGAUCUCGGCCGGUGAGGAGCUGAAGCGGCUACAUUGGCGCUACAUCCUGCCGGCCUUCGAAGCGCUGCAGAGAAACGCCAGCGAGGAGAUCUCCUGCGUGGUGCAGCGAAUGGAGGCACAUCGUCGGCUGCUUGGGGCGGUGGGUACUAUGCUGCAGUCAGAGGCGGACUUUGCCAGCCUGGCGCGCCUGGCGCGGCUGCUGCAGCCCCUUACAGAGGGGCACAGUGCCAAGGACGUGGCGCAGAGGAGCCUGGAGGCUUCAACGGCCUUGGCCAAGGUGGUCCUUGCUCGCGCCAAAGCCACGGAGUCGGGUCAGCUGGCGGACGUGGUGAAGUUAGAAGACCUCAAGGUCAUUCUCAGCCUCCCGGGCAUGUCCUCGUGCGACUCCCUGGCAAGGAUCACGUCUCCACCGCUCUCCGAGGCACCGCUCGAGAAGAUCUUAGAGUUGGUCUCUGCCGCCGCCUCCAGUGCUACGCCUCUUGCUCGAGAGGUAGGGCACUUGGCGCUUCAGAAGGUUAGCGGCUUUGGUGCCUCCGGCAGUGCGGUGACCAGCGUUGUGCUCGCACUGGCGCAUAGCGGCUUGCUUUUGGACAGCUGUGCUGCCCUUCUUGGUCAGCGCGGGCCCGUACUGAAAGCGGAGGAGCUGGCCUCGGCAGUGGCCGCUAUCGGUGAGAAGGGCUUCGAAGGUCCAGAGUUAGUGGAGGCCUGCGGUCACCUGGGAGGCCUCGGACUGCUGCCGGCUCCGCGGCUCCUGGGCCUGGCGCUGGCUGCCACGAAGAGCGAGGCCGUGGCCAAAGUGCUGCACCGCUCGGUGGUGGAAGCUGCAGUGGCAGCGACCCUGGAUGCGUUAGAGGCUGUGCGCCUGCUGCUGGCCUUGACGAAGCCCAAGAACACGGGCCAGGUGCCAGAGGUGCCGGGCCCAGUUUGGGCGCAGCUGCUCAAAAAGGCUGCCGACGUGGUGCGGCCCGCCCUGCCGGAGCUGCCGGCGGCGGAGCUCAUUCGCCUCGCUUUGGCGGCCAAGAGCCACGCGCUAGAGGGCAAGGAGUUGCUGGAGACGGUGGCCAAGGAGGCGCUGAAGCGCCUCGCAGAGCUGCCUCAGGCACACUUGCUGCUACUCACGCAGGGCCUCAUUUCACUUGGAGGGCGGCACCCCUGCUUGCAGCAGAUCUGCGGUUACUGGAGCGAGGUGCUGUCCGAGGAGGCAACGUCCUCGGACAACGUGUCCAAGCGCCGAAAGGAAAUGGAGAGGGGCCAGUCGCUCUCGGGAGACCAGGUUGCUAAGCUGGCGCAAGUCUUGGAGCCAAUCACUGCUGCCCCUUGGCCGCGGAGGAAGGCAAUGAAGUUUCUUCCUGCCGCAUGUGGCCUCACGAGGUUGGACGUGGGCCCUGCACUCUUUCAGAAGCUCUUCAAGAGCAUCACGCAGCGUGUCCAGAGCCUUGCCAGGAGUCUUCCUGCCGCAAGCCGGGCAGCGAUUCUGGAGCAGGUGAAGAGGGGCGAAGGCAUUGGCUGUUGGGAGCCUGGACGGCAGAAGCUGCGGCAAGCCUUGGAGAAGAGGAGCCGUAGUCGAAAGCGGAGCAGCAGUAGCAGCAGCAGCCGCCGCCCGCGAGGUCGCGGGCGAAGCUCCUCCCGUUCCAGGGGCAGCCGUAGCCGGAGGAGGAGAUGAGAAAAAGCAAAGAGCAGUUUCAGACAAAGAUAUCGAGGUAUGGUAUACAUAUUCUCCC